AUGGAGCAAUCAGUUGCACCAUGGUCAAAGGAUGACCGCAUGGACCUAGAUGGGACCAGAAAUAAUGAAGAACAAGGUUCUGACGAAGAGGAAGGAAAUGAUAUGUCAACUGACUCCUCCGAGGAGGAAGAGGACGAUCCCGAGGAGGCACGCAAAAUUCAAGAGGGAUUCAUUCUUGUAGAAGAAGCUACAGGGCACCGUCCUGAGCGCGCUUCAAAGUCUCGUCUAAAACGCCUUCGAAGAGCCAGAGAUGACACAGAGCUUGAUGAGGAGCUAGCAGACCUACAAGAUGUCACGGGCGAUUAUCGAAAGGCUACAGGUGAUCAGACUCGACUACAUGACCUCUGGGACGAUGAUAGUACCUUACGAGUGCAACGGCGAAAUGAAGAACUGGACGAAGAUGACGGGAUGUUUGAAGAUGAUAUGCGAGGCUUUAUUGAGGCCGAUGAAGAUGAAGAAGAGAACGAAAUGGGUGAAGCUGAGCGUCAAGAACGCUUGGAAAGGAGGCGCGCAGAAAAAGAGAGGCGAAGGACUGCUGGUGGCAUUUCCGAGCUGGCAGGACUCGAUAAAAAUGCCAUUGAUAUGCUCCUUGAAGUCUUCGGUGAUGGACAUGAUUAUGAUUGGGCUCUAGGAGACGAAACAGAUGAAGUGGGAGAAGUUAAAAAGGAUACCAAAUACACUGACGUUAGUCUUUCACAAGUGGAUAUUCCUGAACGAAUGCAACUCGUCACCAGCUCUUUGACUACGGACGCAACUCUUUCCCUCGAGCCUCCGUUACAACCACAAGAUUUGAACGACGCAGCUUACUGGGUAUCCUUACGACUAGGUCAGCGCAUCGAGAGGGAUUUUUUCAAGGAAGAUGGUCAAUUCCGGCGCUACUUGCCGAUGCUUAUCACUGCCGUUCAAGUCACCUUGGACCACCUCUUUAUUCAGAACUUGGAGGUACCAUAUAUAGCAGCUCAUAAAAAAGACUACAUCUGGCAUAUCGACGGUGCAAACCAUAUCGAGCUUCUCAGCGUAGCAGAACUAUGGAGGGUUUAUAGUCUCGGUCAGAAAUUCCGGGCGUUCCAGGAACGAAAAAAGGCACUUGAAGGGAUGCAUUCCAAACUCAGCGCGCCGGAUGAUUAUUAUAAAAGUGACAUCCAACCAAAGCUUGACUCGAUGGAGGCAAUCACGGAUGCUACGGAGUGGUUGUCAAUGCAACAUCGUCUAGAGCUUCAAGAUGCUUCUAUGAUCGAGGAAGAUGGCAAGACAAAGCGGCCAACACGCGUUUCAACCUACGAGAUGCUCAAAAAAUCCCCUAUAGAUCACCUCGUAAAAGAUUUCUGCCCUCCUGCACGUGAAAUAUCGCGCAAAGUGCGCGAAGUAAUGCAAUCUAGGGGAAGUGCAGUGCACCGCUUUUUGGAUGAUCCGGUUUUGCCGCCGUUAGAACAUGUCAUACCGUAUGUGGACGCAGAGAAACAACGCUUGAUGGAAAUUGAACGCAAAAGAUGGGCUACGAACCCAAUGGCUCAGAACGAAUCCAGUCUUGUCAGAGAAGUGACUUCCGAAACAAUGCUAGAGCGGGCUCGCCUGCUCAUCGCUACUGAACUCGGAAAGGAUCCUCUGCUUCGUCAAGUAGUACGCACCAUGUUCACCAAUUCUGCGGAAAUGUCCUGCUCUCCUACCGACAAAGGUCUGAUCAAGGUCGAUGAAACCCAUCCUUACUAUCCUCUACGAUUGAUGACAAAGAGCAGUCAAUUCCUACAUAUCAUGUCAGCUGAGGCGGAACAUCUCGUCACUGUACAAGUAGGAAUCCCAGAAGAAACACGGAGACAAUUUGUUGACGACCUGAGACAAGCUGUUUCAUCUGAUGGAUAUAGUGACGCCUCGAGGCUUUGGAACGAAGUUCGAGCCCAAGCAGUUACUGAAGCGGUAGACAAGCAUUUCAUACCGUAUGGUGCUAAAUGGAUACGCGAAUGGCUGCGAGAGGAAGUUGAGGAUUGGGUGGCGCGUAAAUGUGGAGACGAGCUAGAGCAAGUAAGAAGUUCGUGA